AUGUGGAAUCUUCCCGGACCGGGGCACGAACCCACGAACCCGUGUCCCCAGCAUCGGCAGGCGGACUCUCAACCACUGCGCCACCAGGGAAGCCCCCAGGCUUAAGGGUGCUUUUAAGGAGCAUUUUGCAGGGAGGCGGGGGCGAGUGACAGGGGAUCAUUAUUUGAUCGACAGUCCCAAGCUCUGUAACAAGUUUACUGCUGCGCAUUCUCUCAUCCUUCAAUCGCUAAGAAACGCCCACGGGGGCGGGGGGCAAAACCAUACAUGGAUUUUAUUAUAAUGAUGGUAUAAUGAGUUUGGGUUCACUAUAGGUUAUACACCUGUCUGGUCUGGGCAUGCGCAGCCCAGGGAAGUUCCCUUGUGUUACUGUGCCCCUCUUUAACAGGAUAAGCUGCCCACAAUAUGACCAUAGUUUCAACUGUUCUGGGUGGGGUCAGGGGAGAGUCCCCAGAUGGUUGGGUGUGACUCGAUUGCUUCUUCUCGUCUUUCUCGCCACUGUCACCUCCUUGCUGCUAAUGUCUGACUAACUACCUAACAAAAGGAGAGCAGAAAUGUAAAGGUGGGAAACAGGAGAGAACAUACGUGAGCAUUCAAGGGCCAGACUCAAAGUCUGACAGCCUGAAUUAAGGACUUUAGGAAGAGGUAAGAGUAAACCCUCAAGAGUUUGCUUAGGGAUGAGUCAUCAGUAGAAACAACUGAUUAGUGAAAUAAUCAAUGACAUCAUUUGCCAGGAUUGAAGGAUGGGAGUUUCCAGACUGAGGGCCCUUUGAGUGCCCAACACAGUAACAACCGAGGGACAUGGAAGCACCACGUUGUGAAACUUCAGGAGAAUAUCUUAAAAACUUCCAGGGAGGAAAAUGUCCCCACUGCUUGUAAAGGAUUAGAAAUUAGAAUAGCUGUGGAUUUCUUCACAACACUCCUAGGAGGGAAGAGAAAGGGAGCAAUGCCUUCAGAGUUUGAAGGAAGGAGAUUCUGACCUAGAAUUCUAUGUCCAGGCAAACUACAAAUCAACUAUGAGGGCAAAAUGAAGACAUUUUCAGCUUUGCAAUAUCUUUAAAAAAAUGAUCUCCCAGACACCUCUUUUCAGCUUCACCAAAACAGGAAAGUGAAUCCAAGAACAAGAAUAUAUGGCUGAGGAGGGCAACACAGGGAGCGAGAAGGGCUCCUCCUGGAGAAGGAGGAACACCCCAGACAGAAAGACUACCUACCCAGCCUGGGAGCUAGCUCCUCUCCCUGACUACUCUCACCCCACAGGGAACAGGUGGCCACGGAAAGUCCACGGAGGCACGGGUGCGCCGUGGUUUGGAGCAGCGGUACCCAAGUGUGGCUGAGAAGGAAUGAUGUGCCCUAACUGGGUUUACAGGGAAGCCUGAGGACCCUUUUAGCAGAAGGCAGGAGCUUUCUAAUCCCUGCAAGGCAGUAGGGGAGACCUGCGGGAACCAGAGGAAUUCUCCAGAAAUGCCGCAGGCUUGAAUAUGUCUUCCUCUCCUGGGGCCGGAGGGGGAGGGGGGACGUAAGACUUGUUUCUCCAUUUACCGUUUAUCUUGAACUUUGUACUUUAUGUGUGCUGCAUCCUGUGUUUGUAGACUUGUGACUGUGUAUAUACACACACAACACACACAAGUGUCGUCGCCUGGAGGCUUUCUCCCCGUCCCGCCCUGACAUCUCAGCACCCACCGUCCACGCGCUCCACCGGGUCGGGAGGUGACGGCGCUCGCCUCCGCGUCUGAAGCUAGGAGGCUCCUCCUCCGCCUUCUGGUCGCAGUCCCCACGUCUUCUUAGGAAGGGGACACAACCCGACUGGCCAGCCGGCCGCCCCGAUUCUCCCUCGGUGGGGACGCUUGCCCACACCGGCCGCCUCCGAGCGGCGGGGACGCGCGGGAACUGCCCUGGACGGCGCGAUGCAGUCGAGUGACCGUCAGGCGGAGGCCCCUGGCCGCGGCCCGCGGGUGCUGGUGGUGGGCGGUGGCAUCGCGGGGCUGGGUGCGGCGCAGAGGCUCUGCUGCCACCCGGCCUUUCCGCACCUGCGGGUUCUGGAGGCCACGGCCCGCGCCGGUGGCCGCAUCCGCUCGGAGCGCAGCUUCGGUGGUGUGGUGGAGGUGGGCGCUCACUGGAUCCAUGGGCCCUCGCAGGGCAACCCCGUCUUCCAGCUGGCUGCCAAGUACGGGCUUCUGGGGGAGAAGGCAUUGUCGGAGGAGAACCAGCUGAUCGAGACUGGGGGUCACGUGGGCCUGCCCUCUGUGUCCUAUGCCAGCUCCGGGGGAAGUGUGAGCCCUGAGCUGGUGGCGGAGAUGGCCAGACUGUUCUACAGUCUCAUAGACCAGACCAGGGAGUUCCUGCAUGCGGCUGAGACCCCCGCCCCCAGUGUCGGGGAGUACCUCAAGAAGGAGAUCCGCCAGCACAUGGCCGGCUGGACAGAGGAGGAGGAGACCAAGAGGCUCAAGCUGGCCAUCCUGAACAACUUGUUCAACGUGGAGUGCUGUGUGAGCGGUACCCACAGCAUGGACCUGGUGGCCCUCGCACCUUUCGGGGAGUACACUGUGCUGCCAGGGUUGGACUGCACCUUUCCUGGAGGCUACCAAGGACUCACAGACCGCAUCAUGGCCUCCCUGCCCAAGGACGUGAUGGUUUUUAACAAGCCAGUGAAGACCAUUCACUGGGAUGGGUGCUUCGAGGAAGCUUCUGCUCCUGGGGAGACGUUUCCGGUGCUGGUGGAAUGUGAGGAUGGAGGCUGCUUCCCAGCGCAUCACGUGGUCGUCACCGUGCCGUUAGGUUUUCUUAAAGAACGUCUGGACACCUUCUUUGAGCCACCGCUGCCCACCGAGAAGGCGGAAGCGAUCAGGAAAAUAGGCUUUGGGACCAACAAUAAAAUCUUCCUGGAGUUUGAGGAGCCUUUCUGGCAGCCAGACUGCCAGCACAUCCAGGUGGUGUGGAGGGACACGUCGCCCCUGGAGGACGCCGCCCCCAAGUUGCAGGAUGCCUGGUUCAAGAAGCUUGUUGGCUUUUGGGUCCUGCCUUCCUUUGGGGCCAGCCAGGUGCUCUGCGGCUUCAUCGCAGGGCUCGAGUCUGAGUUCAUGGAGACGCUAUCGGACGAGGACGUGCUCCUGUCUCUGACACAGGUGCUCCGCAGGGUGACAGGGAAUCCCCGGCUCCCCGCGCCCAGGAGUGUGCUGAGGUCCCGCUGGCACAGUGCCCCAUACACCCGGGGCUCCUACAGCUAUGUGGCUGUGGGCAGCUCCGGGGACGACCUGGACCUGCUAGCCCAGCCUCUCCCUGCGGACGGCAGGGGUGCCCAGCUCCAGGUCCUGUUUGCAGGGGAAGCCACACACCGGACGUUUUACUCCACCACGCACGGAGCUCUGCUGUCCGGCUGGAGGGAGGCUGACCGGCUCAUCGCUCUGUGGGAUUCGCAGGCACAGCGGCCUGAGCCCGGCUCUGAGCUCGGCUCUGCUCCCCCAGUUCCCGGGUCCCGGGGAGGCUGGCCCCACCCUUUCCUUUGAUGGACAAGGUUCAGUCGGGCUUGGGAUUUGGGAUGUUAAUGUCACUGGGGUCAGCUCCCUCCUUUCCCACGUCGCUGGAGUCCGGCCAGGGCUGAACUUGAGCUGAGUGCGAAGUCUUCCUGGAGAAGGGAGGGGUGGGAUGCUGCUGCUGAUGCGGUUGGAAGAACAUAAACUGUGUAAAAGUGUC